GGCACGCAGGGGGAGAUACUUUUAGCACGAUACCGGAAAUAGACAGUGUUGCUCUGGUAAAGGACUGCAACGUGCAAAGAAAGGAGAUUUGCUUGUGGUGUGGACGGAGGAGUGCACUGUGAGUCCCAGUACAGGCAAGCUUGCGUACGGAGACUGUGCGGUUCUCUAAUAUUGAAGUAGAAUCCACACUGUACAAGACUUGGGAAUAAGAACUGCUGCUGAAUUGUCUUUUGCCUUUACAUGGCUGAAGGAUCUCGAGAUUUUCCUUCUGUUGUGGACCGUUAUUUUACACGGUGGUACAAAGCAGAUGUGAAAGGAAAACAGUGUGAAGAUUUCUGUAUACUGCAACAUUCAAACCGAAUAUGUGUAAUUACACUGGCCGACUGUCAUCCAGUUCUUCAGAGUGGGAAAACAAUUUCCAGUAUUAAUUAUCAAAUCAGCGCCAACUGCAGCAGAUUGCAGAACAAAGUGUCAGGGAAAUCCAAACGGGGAGCUCAGUUCCUAACAGAGCUUGCACCUUUAUGUAGAAUAACUUGUAACGAUGGUGAUGAAUAUACUAUUUAUAGUUGUAUCAGAGGUCGGCUACUAGAAGUUAAUGAAAAUAUUCUUCACAAUCCUGGACUGUUAAAAGAAAAGCCAUCCUCAGACGGUUACAUUGCAGUUGUACUGCCAAAAUUUGAAGAGAGCAAGACUAUUACAAAAGACCUUCUUUCCCAAAAGCAGUAUGAAGAGCUAUUACUUAAAAGGACAUCUUUGCCUACAAAUGACUUAUCAGAGAUGUAAUGGACUUGGGUAGUCUCAAGCUACCUGAAAAGAAAAUGGACCAUCUAUUUAUGAACUAUAUACCUCUGAAUGGCAAAACAGUGUGCUCAGUCCUUGGACGAAUUUCUAUGGGUACAUAUAGCAAUAGCUGUUAUAAUGUAGCUACUUUUAAUGCUUCAUUAUUAAAUAAUGAGGGAUAAUAAACAAAUUCAUAAGAGUUA